CUGAAAAUGAAAAGGCGCUUCCUUUCCUCUCUUUCUGCUUCCGCCGGCAAUAGUAAAACCCUAAAUCAAGGGGGAUGGAGUGUAAAGCAGGUCAAAAAAUCCAACUUCAAAUCAGCUCUUGACGAGUUCCGCACUUCCAUCGACUCUUCGGACUUCGUAGCUGUCUCCCUAGAGAACACCGGAUCCCACGCCGCCGCCUGGCACCGAGUCUCCGCCAUUGAUACACCGCAGACGAGUUACUUGAAGGCUAAAUACGCCGCCGAACGCUACCAGAUAUUCCAGUUCGCUCUCUGCCCCUCCUCCCUUCACGGCUCCAAGCUCACCCUUCACCCAUAUAACUUCUAUUUGUUUCCUCGAGAUGAGUUGAAGUUAGGGAUGCCUUCUUAUAGCUUCUCUUGUCAAGCUUCUCGUUUAACAGCCAUGGCUAGGGAUGGAUUUGAUUUCAACACCUGCAUCUAUGAAGGAAUCUCAUACUUGUCUAGAGAACAAGAAUCUGCCUCCAAGUUUCUCUCAGGGAAUCCGAUAUUACCUCAUCCCAUCGCUCUACCUUCUUCUCCAUCCACUGUCGCUGAUACCGUCUUUGUUGGAAGGAUACGGUCACGCGUCAAGAACUGGAGACAGUCUUGUAUAGAUUCCAGCUCAAAGACAGGAGAUGAUGAUUUGGUGAGCUCUCUCAGGAAACUGGUGCUGGGGAGUGAGCAGUAUGGUUCAAGGCUAUGUUUGACUAUUGAUGUCUGCAGUGAGCGUCAAGUGCAACUUAUCUUAGAGAUGUUGACUGAGUUCUCUGACGAUGUUGUCCCUCUACUCAUCGCUUCUAAGAGCAGAGGAACACAAGCAGUUCGUGCUGUCUUCAUGAGUUCAAAGGACGACAAGGAUCUUUUUAAGAGAGAGCUUCACGAUCUUGAAAAUGAAGAGAACAGGCGGGUUCGUGGUUUCCGCGAAGUGGUUGAUUUGAUUUCUUCUUCACGGAAACCUGUUGUUUCACAGAAUUAUCUUAGCGAUUUCACGUCCAUUCAUGCCAAGUUCUUAGGUCCUCUACCUUCAAAUGUUGAUGACUUCACCCGUUCACUGAGCUCAGCUUUUCCCAAUGUUGUGGAUCUCAGUCAACUCAUGAAAGAAAUUAGUCCCUUAAGUAAUGUAAGUAAUCUACCUGCAGCUAUGUCCUCCUUGAAUAGGUUCUUUGCUCCUGUGGACGUUGAAGUAGCAAAUCAAGAUGAAGGCAAUCAGAUGCAUGGGCAGAACGUUGUGAUGAUAUCUCAUCUUUUUGCUAAACUAAGUACCAUACAGAAGUCUUCUGUUCAGUCAAACAAAGAUCUCCAAGCUUUAGAUUCUGAUGAACAUGCAAAUUCAAUCACCUCAAACGAUGAAAAUGUUAAAGUUUGGUCAAAGAACAGCAGGAGAGUAAGCUCUGAGAACUUGGUGUUCAUAUGGGGUUUGUCGAAGAAGAUGACAGCUGCAAUGCUAAAGAAAGUUCUACAAAAGUCGCACACUGUUUUUGCGCAAGAGUUUGAUGUUAAAUACUUAGACAGGAGCUGUGCAGUUUUGGUGUUUUGGGAUUCAGGUUCCUCGGAUACUUUCCUCAGUGCAGUUAACAAUGAAGAGCAGCUUGUUGGAUCCUUAAGAGAGAUGGUUGCAGAAGGGGUAAGAGUGGCAGGUUAUGAUACUUACAGGAGGGCAUGUAGAUUAGGUUUCUGGGAGGCUGACUUGGCAGAAGCUUUAGACAAAACAUUGGAAUCUUCAGCUAGUGAUCGUGAUUUAGACACCAAACCAUCAGAUAUAAGUUGGUCGAGCGAGUUAACUAUCAAUUUUGAUGAGCUAUGAAUAGUUCUGGCCUUGACAGAACCAAUGUAGUGGAUUAUUCUUCCGUGUGGCUUAUGAUUUAAUUCGUUGAAACCUCGUUCUCACUUGAUCAAUAGAUUCAGUUGUGUUAGCAAUUUCAUGAUGUGUUUUAUGAAAGUAAGCUUGCUACGUUUUAUAAUAAGAAAAAAAUGGGGGUAUGUAAAGCUAGAAGGCAGUAAAGUACUACAACAGGUUAUUUGUCGCUAGUAACAGCUUAUCGGAUUGAUCAGGGCUUAAUGUAUACAGAUAGAUUUGAGUAACAUAAGUAGAGAAGGUGAGAUAUCUAUAAAGAUGAAACUAAGAGAGUAAUGGAGCAAACACUUCAUAAAGAAGUUAGUUACUAGGUGCAAUUUCCCAAGAAGUUACUCCUCCAAAAAUAAGUGUAUGCCGAGAGCACACGGUGUUCUUUAAAAGGCGAAAGAAUAGUUCGCUUUGUGCUCAACACAAGGCUCCAUGGAUUGCGAAUAUCGACACCGGCUUGGUUUUAUACAUGGAUCCUUCGACGCGUAGUUUCGGUUUUGUUCGAUGUGGGAGGAAUUUAGUUUCGUGUUAUGAAUAUUCUCGUUUUUCUAUUACUAUAUGUUCUUUGUUUGAGCAAAUUGUUUCAAAAGCGGAUUUACCAAAACGGGAGAUGGAAAUUAUGGAUCUGGACUACGGGUACAGAACUGUCAUAGAAUGGUAUUGGGACGAGAUUUUCCAGGUCCGUAAAUUUGCGGAUUUCGCGGAACAGGUUGUUGUAGAAUUGGGUCUUUACGAAAUCGGCCGAAACAUGUCACGUGAGAUUACAAAAAUCUGCAUUUUUUAACCUGAAAAAACGAGAAAAAGAGUGAGAAGAAAAUGAUUCAUGUGAUUUCUUCCGAAAAAACGUAAAGAGCUCGGGCGAUGAUGGUGAUUCGAGUUUCAGUAAUAAUGAUUUGAACUCCGGCGAUGACGACUACAGUUCUGGCGAUGACGAUUCGGGAUUUAGUAGUGUUUUGAUUUAGUUUCUCUUUUUAUUUAAUUUGGAAUGAUACUUUUGAUUUGGUGUUUGAUUUUAUUCCAUUUUUUUGAUUCAGUAAACUAAAACAUUGGUUAUAAAUUUAUGAGUUAUA